UUAAGCUCUAAUUUUCAUUUUUAAUCUUCAGGAGAGUAAAGCAAUAAAUAAAUGCGUAUAACACUCCGUAAUUAAUAAUCCACUCAAGAGCGUAUAAUAACACGUAGUACUCAAAGGAUCCGUUCUCUCCCUUGUUUGGAUUCAAACCGACUCAUAGCGCAUUUGCGAAGAAAUCAACACCAGCUUCCAUUCAUCGGCAAUGUCAUCUACUCCUGUGCCUCCAAGCUCCGCUUACCUCACAGCUCUCACCAUGGAAAUCGAGAAGAAGCUUCAUCGAGCAGUAACUACGCCGACUCAGAGGCUUGAUUCGUUGCAAGAGUUAUUUGCUGACGUAGCUUUGGAAGUUGAUGAUCGAGCAAGAGACAUAAUUUUCAGCAGUGAAAGUGCAAUAUCUGCAGCUGAGGAAAGGACCAAAGGCCCAAUUUGCUACUUUAAUGUGCUUGCUGACCAUUUUGUUCGUGUUCACCACAGCGGAAAACCAAUCCUUAAUUUAAUUGUUCAGCUAUGGAGCCAGUCCUUUGCUUGUCACAUAUUUUCCCUCUUGUUUCACAAGUGGCUUUUUGAGGUUGAGCUAGACAAUUCUGAAUCUUUGAUUCGGUACUCUUCUGCGCUUGUUCAAGGUGCAACCAAUGUAUUCUGGAUUGAUGUUCAAUCAAAUACGAAAUGCUUUCAGAGUCUCUUUAUGUAUCUGAUUGAGGAAGUUUCGCUUGUUCCAGAACGGUUAAAGAAGAUACCGAUGCAGGCUCAACGGGAUUUGAUCCUCCUCCUUUCACGCUUCAUAUUCUUUUACGGCUUAGUUGACAAGCUAGAAAACUUCCUUAGCCAAUUUCCUGAUUUUCCGAAUGCUCUCUUCAUUGGUGGUCCAGCUGAUUUUUUUGUUACUGAAUUAGCUGAUCAGCUUCAGAAACUGAAAGUUGAGCCAGUACUACUGCAUUACCUUUCCCAGAUGAAAGUUCUUAGAGGGCUAGAAUUGAGAAUGACAACAAGUACAAGGCUGAGGACUUGCUUGUAUAGCUUCACAAGCCCAGGUGCUCCUAUGUAUCCAACAAGAGCGGUCCGCCAUGCCGCGUGGGAGGCAUUAGAUUUUCUUUUCCCGGUCGGUCGGUAUCCACGGCACCUGAUAAGCAUAUUCUUUCGGUUGCUACACCCAUGGUACUGGCCCUCCUCUUUUUGGAACUUCACAAAAUCGUGUAUUUUAGCAGUGUUAUAUUUGGUAUCAAGAUUUGUUUUCACUAGUUGGGAUAAGCUGGGAAAAUUUAAAGAAUGAUAAACAGGGGCAAACCGCUCAGCUAUUGUAAAUCUGUAAAUGUGUAUCCAUAGUCAGAGUUUCAAGAAAGAGUUAUAAAUUCAACCUCCACAUUCCACCCACAGCUCAUCUAAACGUGAUAAAAUAUAGCCAAGAGUAAAUCCAACUUGAUAAUAAGAAUGAACACUAGAUCUUGCAUGUUGGUUUCUUAUUUCAUAUUUCGUUAAAAGAGCCUGAAACCAGGGUCACCAUACUACCUUAAAAUUGAAUAUUU